AUGACGGUGGUGAAGGUGGAGGAGGUGGCGAAGGUGGACGAGAACCCUGCGCUGGUUGGAGAGAACCCUGGGCUGGACGAUGAGGCCGAGGCGGGGUACGUCUCGCCCGACGACGAGGACGGCGACGACGAAGACGACGAGACCGACAGCGACGAGGACUACGAGAUCCCCAGCGGCCACGGCGUGCCCGAGCUGAGGAAGGGCCCCUGGACGCCCGACGAGGACAAGCGUCUCAAGAGCUACGUCGAGGCGCACGGCGAGGGGAACUGGAACAAGGUGCAGCGGAACGCCGGGCUCAACCGCUGCGGCAAGAGCUGCCGCCUCCGCUGGGCCAACCACCUCAGGCCCGAUCUCAAGAAGGGGCCCUUCGACGCUGAGGAGGUCGACAAUAUCAUCAGGUUCCACAUCAUGUGGGGCAACAAGUGGGCCAAGAUGGCCUCGCAUUUGCCUGGUCGCACAGAUAAUGAAAUUAAAAACUAUUGGAAUACCAGAUUGAAGAGGAAUCAAAGACAUGGUUUGCCUAUCUAUCCAGAAUAUAUGCUUUCUCAGGUUACACAUCCGCAUCAAGACAUGAACUGUGAAACUCCUGGAGAGUCACAUGGCAAGAAACAGUUAAAUGAGUAUGCAAAAGAAAAAGUUGUUGACAUGCAUGAUCUUAUAGAUGAGGUAAUGACAUUUCAGCACCUUGACUACGAUAAGGAUCCCGUGGUUCCAACAAAACCUUUGAAACGCUAUGCAUCUACUGUUAGUCUGCAAAUUUCUGAUGAGACUGAGAAAACCUUUUGUUCCACUGAUUUGAACUAUGUAUUGACAAAGAGUCAGUCGGUGCCUCUUGGUAGUGCCAUUGCCAGUGGCUAUCCAGUCGAGCUCCCUUCAUUCCAAAGUUCCAGCUUUACCCUAAGUAAUGACUGGUUGCUUCAAUGUCCUUCGGCUUCUAUGGAACAACAGAUCAUUCAAUCUCCAGAAUCCAUCUCGUCACAAACCACUGUCUUUGGUAACUCUGAACAUGAGGGCUGUCCUAUUACUAAAAUUCAAGCUUCAAACUUAUCUUCAGGUUCAGAUGCUGUUUUCAAUCUCGGCCAGUGUUAUCCAGUUGCUAGUUUUUCUGAUCCUGGGAUCCCUGAUACACCACUAGAAGCAAGUUUCUAUACUACACCAGAAGCAAGUUUCUUGAGUGAUACUACACCACUAGAAACAAGUUUCUUGAAUGAUAAUUUGAAGGACCAGUCACAUCUCUACUGGCAGGAACCUAAGCUGUUGACUGAUGGAGGCCAAUGGUUUGAUCCUUGUCACAAGCUUGACUUCCCAGGUCCAUGA